GGGCACAGGUGGGUGGCACUGCUGGGCACAGGUAGGUGGCACUUCUGGGCACAGGUGUGUGAAAUUGCAGAGUGGCACAGGUGGGUGCACUGCUGGGCACAGGUGGGUGCACUGCUGGGCACAGGUGGGUGCACUGCUGGGCACAGGUGGGUGCACUGCUGGGCACAGGUGGGCGGAACUUGCGGGUGGCACUGCUGGGCACCGAUCAUCAGGGCACUGAUAAUCAGUGCCCUGAUGAUCGGUGCCGAUCCCCGCUCUGACAACUGCCGAUUCUCGGCAGUACUUUCCUCACGAUCUGACAGCGUGAGGAAAGUGCAGCCGAGAACCGGCACUUGC